AUGUGCAAAGGUAAAUGCAAAGUUACACCUAACCAUCAAGUACCUUCAAUUGGUGAAACGGCAUUUAUUACCCUCACAAACGCCGACACUGAAGUUGUUGAUACCGAGCCCUUACAGCGCUUAACGCGCCCAGCUCGUCUAAAAGCCGUUGAAGCCAUCAGCGGUAAAGCAACGAAGAAACAAAAACCGUCGAGCGCUGUUGAAGCUAGAAAGACUCGUGCGCACAACGAAGACGAACCGAAGGCACCCGACGGCGCCCGAGAGUUACCCGUUGCAAUGACGACGUGUGGGGCCAUGAAAUCGACCUACGCAGAUGUGGCGAACGUUACAUCUGAGUAUUCUUCAGUCGUGAUUCAUAAAUCGGAUGAAGGGAUAGAUAAUGGAAUCGAACGCUUUACAGCAUGGACACAACCUCGUCGUUUCCGUCGUUCUGUAAUAAGAGCGACAGGUGAAGCAGACACCGAAUUACUGACUAUUGAACCAGCAAAAUAUGUUCAUGUAUGGAAUUUUCACCCAGAUGUGAUGAAAAGAUCUCAAUAUAUCUUAAAAAGAAACAACCAGACUCAGAUUUUACAAUCAAAAAACCAGACCCUACCCACGAAAACCACAACUGUUUUAUAA